AUGGCAGACUUCACCGAUCAUCUCAAGCCCGCACACGAUGGCACAGCAACCCUCCAAGCCGAACGCGACGGCUCGGGCAUUGACGUCCACCAACUCGCACAGCACCUUCUAGGCCGUGAUGACUUCCUGAAGCGGCAAGAAAAGGUCCUCCGUGUGUUGAGCAAGGAGAAGCUUUUCAGUAAAGAUCAGCAACUGAAUCUGUCGCGACCAGAGCGGUACCACCUAGGCCUAGCAAGAGCGAAAGCCAUCCAGCGAUUGAUGAGACGAGAAGACUGGGACCAUGAAGACUACCAGAUGGCGGAAUACCUGACUGAUGAAAUGAGCCCAUACUUCUUGCAUAUGAGCAUGUUCGGUGAGUCAACGGAAGUCACAACGGUACGCGAGCAAGCCUCCGAGGAACAGCAAAAGUAUUGGAUGCCCAAGAUCCUCAACUACGACAUCAUCGGCUGCUAUGCGCAAACCGAACUAGGCCAUGGGAGCAACGUACGCGGCCUGGAAACCGUCGCAAAGUGGGACCCGAUAAAGAAGGAGUUUGAGAUCCACAGCCCAACUCUUACGGCGAGCAAAUGGUGGAAUGGGUCGAUGGGGAAGACCGCCACGCAUGCAAUUGUGGUCGCACAAUUGCUCUUGCCGAAAACGUCCUCCACAGCCGAAGGAUCAGAAAAGGCCGACCGAAAAGGCCAGAAGAUCGAGUAUGCCUCCCACGGGCCGCAAACUUUCAUCCUGCAAAUUCGGGAGGCGAAGACCCACCAACCUCUGCCAGGUAUUGCAGUAGGCGAUAUCGGUCCGAAAUACGGAUAUGCAAGUAUGGACAACGGAUAUAUGCUCUUCGACCACUUCCGCGUACCCAAGUCGGCUAUGCUGAGCCGCUAUGCGGAGGUUUCGGACGAGACGGGCGCAUUCAUUCGGGCUGGUCAUCCGGCUGUCGUAUAUGGAAGUCUGACGUUCGUACGCGGACAGAUCAUAAUGCAUGCAAGGCUGGUCCUUGCGCGGGCUGUUACCGUCGCUGUGCGAUACUGCGCUAUCCGGCGACAAUUCAAAGAUCGCGAUUCUGCCAACCCUUCAGACGGAGAGAUGAAGGUUUUGGACUACCCUACCGUACAGAUACGGAUCUUGCCGUUGCUUGCGACUACUUUCGCGUUGCAUUAUACUGGCGAGUACAUGUACAAGCUGUACCACAAGUCGAGAGAAAAUAUCGAGAAAGGCGACUUUGGGCCUUUGGCGGAAUUACACAGCGCGAGCUCAGGACUGAAGAGCCUAUGUACGACGCUUGCUGCGGAUGGUAUCGAGACCUGUCGACGCGCAAUGGGCGGCCAUGGCUUCGGUGGUGGGAGUGGGCUGGUAGGGCUAAACGGUGACUACCUUUCCAAGCCAACUGUGGAGGGCGACAACUGGAUGAUUACCCAGCAGGUUGCUGCGUACCUCAUCAAGAAGAUGUCGAAUGCGGUCAAUGACCCAGAUUCACCAGCCAAGGAUCCAACGGACGAGCUCUUCCAGUUUUAUCUUCGCAACAAAGACCAUCGCUUACCUCAGAACGUCUUGAAAGACGGUGUUGUAGAUGACCAGGGUAUAGUCGACGUGUUCCAGUGGCGUGCGGCUGAUCUCUCCUACCGCGCUUAUCAAGCACGUGUUGUUGAGAAGAAGCCGUGGACACGUCUGAUGAUUCAACUUCAUAACCUCAGCCGCGCAUACUCAGAGCAAAUUCUUGUCACGAACUUCUACAACAGCCUCAUAUCCAUAGCUCCGCCUGCAUCGCCCGCCCUACGCACAUGCUUCCAGCUGUACGCGCUUUACACCCUCGACCAAUUCGCCUCCUCAUUUACAAUGACGGCCGCCGUGCCGCCCGAGUCGGUCUUUGCGUUGCAGGAUGGGAUCAUCGACCUUAUGGCCGAAUUGAGACCACAUGCGGUGAAGCUGGUGGACGCCUGGUCGAUACCAGAUUGGCUGUUGAACAGUGCGUUGGGCAGAAAUGAUGGUAGGGUAUAUGAGGAACUUUUCGACAUGGCGCAUCGCAGAAAUCCGCUCAACAAGGUAACGUUCAAUCCGGACUGGCGCAGCGAGGAGAUUGUGUUGGGAAGUGAGGAUGGUGGUCGGCACCUGUUGGCGAAGCUAUAG